AUGACUGAAAAGAUGCUCGUGCUGGCGUCCCUCCUUGCCGGCGUUGUGCUUGCUGUAGCAGAAAGUUCACAUUGCUGUUCUGCUUUGGAAACUGCAGGCCUUGCCGAGCGCCUGAUAUACCCUGGAUAUGAAGCCUACGACAUCCAAGUCAACAAGUACUUCUCCACAAGUGCCAGGCUGACACCGAGCUGCUUCCCCCGGCCUGAGGCCGCCACAGAAGUUUCCAUCGCAGUCACCGCCCUGGUAGAGGCCAACAAGACCCAGCCAUGCCAGUUCGCCGUCCGGAGUGGCGGCCACAUGCACUAUGCUGGAGCAGCUGGCAUUGAAAGUGGCGUAACGAUAGAUCUUGGCAAGAUGAACGACGUGGUUGUCAAUUUUGUCCAGAAUGGCACGAUUUCUGUAGGUCCUGGAGCAGUCUGGGGUGACGUGUAUGACACUUUGGAUAAGAUGGCCUUUAUGGUUGUUGGGGGACGAUCUUACUCUGUUGGUGUAGCCGGACUUAUUCUAGGAGGCGGCAACAGUUACUUCGCCGCGCGAGAAGGAUUGGCGUGCGAUAACGUUGCGGAGUUCGAGGUUGUGCUCGCUGAUGGCAGUAUCGUGACUGCUAACAAACAUGAGAACGUCGACCUCCAUCAAGCAUUCAAGGGUGGCGGUCCGAAUUUCGGCAUCGUCACAAGGGUGCACCUCGUUGCCUAUCCUGGUGGCGAUGUGUUUGGGGGGCUGAUGCUAUAUCCGGAGUCGACUGCUCAGCAGCAAUUUGAGGCUCUCCUGAACUAUGGCGACAAGAUCGAGCAGGAUCCAUUCGACAGCGCCAUCGUGAUCGAGAUGUACCUGUCGGCGAUGAAGGUGCCGCUCUUUAUGAAUGCAUAUGAGUAUACGGCGCCGGUCCAGCAUCCCGCUGUAUUCGAGGAGUUCUUCGCCAUUCCAGGAAAUAUCUCGGAUACCACAGGCAUUCGCAAUAUGACGUCCCUUGCGAGAGAGCUUGAGCAGCAAAAGACGCACAGAGUACAGUUUAGCACGCUGACCUUCAAGAACGACAUACGUGUGCUGCAAAAAGCCCAUGAGCUCUUCAAGCAAGUGGUAGCUAUUCUCGAGGAGAAGGCAACAGGUGACUACAGCUUGAUGACAUUGUACCAGCCGAUACCGAGGAUAUUUGGUCAGAUUGGGAAAGUCAAAGGCGGCAACGUCUCGGCAUUGGAUCGCUUCGAUGAGACACUUCUCAUGUACGAGCCGUACAUAGCGUGGCAGGACAGUUCACAGGAUGAACUUUUCGAGGGCCAGGCCCGAUGGCUUCGCGACCAGCUUUCGGCGUACGCAAAAGAUAUCGAUGCGGACAAUGAGCUCUUGUACCUCGAUUAUGCCGACAUCAGCCAGAAUCCCUUGGCCAGCUACGGGAGAGAGAAUGUCGAGAAGAUACGGGCUGCGGCGCAGAAAUACGACCAGGUGGGGGUGUUCCAACAGAUGAUGCCUGGUGCCUUCAAAAUAUCCCGGGUGAGUAGUUUGCGGUGGUCCUGCUCCAACACCAACGGUGCUAAUCCAGUCCAGGUUGCACAUGAUCAAAGUGCUGCCCACGAUGAGCUCUAG